UCUAAGACUGGAAGAGGAGCUGGGGAUAUAGCGCCAGGGCCCAGCCCUAGCGCCACGCUGGUUCUCCGAUAGAGGUACUUUCCCUUGGCGCCUAGAUUAGGGUAUAGAGAUCCGAGCUCCGCGCAUCCAGAAGUCCUGGUCCGGCAGCACGGCAGCGCGGCGAAAAUGCCGUCGGCAUUCAAAUCCUCGCCCAGGCACCAGAUCAACAUCAAGGAGAAUGGAGUGGCAGCGAUCGAGGAGGCAGCGCUUUCCAGGCGCGGGUCGGGCGAUUUCGGCUACGACGAGGAUGCUUUCACGCGGCUCAAGGUAGCGCAGGAUUGCCUCAUCGAGGAUCUCGAGUGCAAGAUCGUGGUUUCCAGCGUCGUAGGGCAAUCCGUGCUGAGGGGUAUUGUGAGAGCUCUCUCGGAUGAGUCUCUGGCUCUACUGGCCGAGAAGAAUGCGGAGAUUGGUCGGCUGGAGAGCGAGAAGAGCCGGGCAGCGGAGGAGAGCUCGUCGAAGAUGAAGAAGCUUGCGUCGGAGUUUCUGGAAAAGAUGAAGGAGAACGAGAUGAGUCUGCUGGAGAAGGAGCGGGAUCUGUCCAAGAUGGCGGAGAACUUGAUAGACUUGACGUUCCGGUUGCAAGGGGAGAGCCUUAACAGUGUUGCUCUCGAGAAGAAGAUCAAGGACAUAGUUGCUAGGGACUCCGGCAAGCAAAGGAGGAUCAAUGCUCUCAGCGAAGAGAUCGAGGACUUGAAGCGGGAGAGGAGCUCAGAGGUUGAGAUGCUCAGGAGUGAGAUCAGGAUCAAGGCGGCCAGGCACAGAGAACAACUGGAGGAGGUGGCUGCGGAGAACGAGGCCCUGAGAGAAGAAAACUUGGAACUAGUGUCCACGAUUUCGGCGCUGGAGAAGGUGAACGAGGAAGUUUGCCAUUUGAUCGAAGCUCAGAAGGAAAGCAUGGAGGCAAUGGAGGGUCUCCAGUCACGUCUCGAGGAAGAGAGAACGCAGCAUGAACAGGAGAUAAACAUUCUUAUGGAUGUUUACGAGGGGCAAGUCGAGGACUUUUAUAGUCACAGGAAGGUGGAACAUGAAACGGAGAUGGACAAGGCUUCUCUCGGCACAGACGAGUCUGUUAGUAUACCGGGUAGCGGAGAAAACACGAUGUCUCAGCAACAGGUGGUGGACGAAAUGACGAAAAUGGCGAUGCAUGAACUAGAGAAGGAGAUCAUACUAGACUGCUUCACGGGCUUUUCUGAGGACAUCAGGGACGCUGCGGACUUUGAUCCGGGGAGGGCGCAAGGGACGGACAUGGCUCGCCAGGGAUCUUUGGAAUUCCAAAAGUAUGUUCGGUACUGCAAAUCUCGAAGUCGAGCACGACUUCCCAGUACGACAUAUGUUCCUGAAGGGCUUAUAGAACAACAUCAUCAGUACCAGAUUGAAUUGGACGUUCUUCUUGAAUAUUUUGUGAGGAAACUUCAGGAGCUUGCGAGCUCCGGUAUUGGGAGGUCCGACUCGAUUAGUACCGAAGAUGUUGGAGGUCAAACCGUUUCGCAGGUUGCCGAUCUUCAAAGAGAAAACGCAAAGCUACGAAGGGAAAAGGAACAGGUUUUGGUAGAGAAGACGGAGGAAAUGUUCAGGUUGAAGCGGGAUUUCUUCAAGGAGCUUGAUAAACUGAAGCUGGAAGGCGGCCAGUACGAGUUUGGAAUCUUGAAGAAGCAAUUUGCUGAUAGCAGACAGAAGCUGGACAGGAUUCUGGACAAAAGGCAAGGUGAUUCUUGUCAACCAUCCCCAAGCGCUUGCAUCGACGAGCACAGCGACACGGACAGUGUGUCGUCACGCAGUGAAUCGUUUACGAAUGACUACGGAAGAUUCACGGAGGAGUUACCCGUUCUAGUUUCCGAGCUCCAAAAUGAUAUUCAGCAGCUGAUGCUGGACACUGGAAUGGCCAAGCCAGAUGACAGCACUCAAAGAACACAGUCAGAUGUUCAGCACGACUUGAGUGUCUUGAGUAUGGAAUACGAAUCUGCACUCAAAGCGCUAGAGGACGAGAAGCGUCAGAACUUCGCUUUCACGGUAGAACUUCAGGAGUUGGAACACAAUAUAAAUCUUUCGAACGGGGAGCUGGAAAGACUCUUGAAGCAAAUAGAGAUGGAGAAGCAAGCAAGGAUGAACAAGGAAGGGGAGUUGCAGAACGUUAAGCAGGACGCAUGUCUGAUCAAGCGGCAGUUAGACGUCGUGCUUGCUCAGCUAGAAACUGAAAGGGCUCACAAGACGCGCAUAGGAUCCGAGCUAGAACUUGCAACUCAACGGCUAGAAUCACUACAGAAGGAGCUGAAUGACGUGCUAAAAGUGAAGGCGGCAAUAGCAGAAGAUCACAAAAAACUACGUGGUGAAGUAAGCGCCCUUCAUCGAGGAAUUUUUGAUACCCGCAACGAUCUGCGACAAUUCAUCGAAAAAAAUAUGAAGACCGUAGCAGAGAAUUUCGCGACUGUGGGACGAACACUUGAAGAAAAUGAUGCGAGAAUCGCGAAGCUCAACAAGCGGAUGGCGUCCUUGAGCAAGUACACGAAAGCGAAAGACGUUGAUCGCAAACGGAAAUUAAGCAACUACCUCAGAAAUCUACGAAAGGCUGAGGAAGAGGUGGACUUACUUGGUGACGAAAACGACUAUCUUGUGAACUUGCUGGAAAGAGUUUUUGUAGCGCUGGAGCAUUACUCCGCGGCUCUUCGACAUUAUCCUGGGAUUGUCGAUCUUUCGAAGCUGAUAAAGGAGGAACUCGUGGCACGAGUAGAACACUAGCUACGCGAAUAUUCCGAGGUUUUGUUAAAUAACAGACUGCUGACGUGGAACGCAAAGCUUUUGGCGUCUCGAAGCGCGGCAAAAGGUAGAUUCUGCCAAAAUGUCAGAAGAGGCGGAGGAGGAACUGUCAACGGCAAGCGAGGAAGAGCUUUCAUCUGUAGGAAAUCCCGUUGAAGGUCCAAACCAAAAACAUCUGAAGGUGGUUCAUAAGAACUACAGGGUAAUCGAGAAGAGCAGGCAAUCCUAUCACAAUGAAAGCGAGAACAUCCUGCGGAAGCAAGAGGCUUUGCUCGCCAGUCUUGAAACAGAGAAUCGAGGGAUUCGGGAGAAAAUCGAGACGUAUUACAUUCCGGAUGUCAGUCGGCAAGCAACCUCUCUGCAGUCCGAGGCCGACAAGUUCAGUCAGAUGGUCAUAUUUGAAGCCAAAAGGCUGGAAGGGCUGGAAGGCUCUUUGCGAGAAUCAUAUGCUGGCUUGAGGGAAGCGAAGAAAAACAUGGGAGGUAUUUUCAAUGCGAGGGAUAAGUACAAGCAAGCUGUGAUACGAGUUGCGAUUACCGAAAACCGGCUGCAAAAGGCUGUUAUCGA